CAGUUACGCAGGUCUAUUGUCUUCUCAACGGAUUUGAUGUGCAGAUGAAUUCGCCAAAUGAGAAUUGACAGCGCCACCAUGUGACCCUGUUGCAGCAUCACUUCCUCAGCCUGUACCAAACUUUGGCGUCAUUCUUGUCCAGCGAUAGCGUAGUGCUGCAACAAUCACUGCCACCUGAUCCUCUGAAUUGCGUCUCCCCAUGUCAUCUGUUGCGACCCCAUUACUUGCUCAGACCAUCGAGCCUGACGACCCUUCGGAGUCGACCCAAAGCCUACCAACGGGCCGUAUUGGCGAGUCGGUGGGCACUCCAAGAGAACCUAUAGUCCUCACUCCCACCAACACUGCUUCACGCACCAAUGCAACACCUGGAGACGCCGAGGCUGGAUUGGCCGGGAUAUUAAAACAAUCUUCGCAUCCUGCUGUUUUGGCGUUUCUCUACUUCUUCAGGAUAGCCGCUGUGGCUACUUACCUUCUCUGUGGGUUCUUAACUGAAAAUUACAUACUCUCUACUGUCGCUGUCGUAGUAUUAUUGGCGAUGGAUUUCUGGAAUUGUCGAAACGUUGCUGGAAGAAGAUUGGUUGGGCUUAGAUACUGGAACCAAGUCGAUGAUGACGGAGAAAGUUACUGGGUGUUCGAGAGUCGUGAUCCGUCACGGCCUGCGAACCCGAUCGAUGCCAAGUUCAUCGCGAUUUAUUCCUUCCCUGUAUUCUGGUUCCUAGUCUUGAUACUCUCACUCAUUAGAUUCAGCAUGUCCUUCGUACCAAUAGUAGUGUUGGCGUUGGUCUUCAACUGCACAAAUGCCGUCGGCUUCACAUAUGCGUAGGUCCUCCGCUUUCCCCUAGGCGACCUGGGUCUCACUGGGGUUUUCUGUGUUCUCAGUGACCGGGACGCUAAGCAACGAUGGGCCAAUUCCCUUACGGGCGGAUGGAAUUUGGGUUUGACUGGCCAAAUACUCGGCGGAGUUGUCAAGAACAGUGUCGGUAGAGCUUUUGGGCGGGGAUAAAUAUUAUUAUCAUGUUACCAUGUUACGUUCGCAAUAUUAUUAAUCCUUUGACCAUGCAC